GGAGGCAAGCUCUACGCGGCCAAAACGUACUUGGCUUCCAUGAUCCUCGACUUUGGACUGAAGCCCUUGAAGCAGCACUACUGCUGUGUGAUAAACUUGCUGGCCAAAGCUGGGCACCUUGACAGUGCUGCGAAUCUUAUCAAUGAGAUGCCUUUUGUGCCAGAUGCCCUAGAGUGGACGUGCUUGCUCUCAGGAACUUACAGUGGUGGUAGAAUUUUGGGGACCAAUGCCGCAAAGAAGGUUGCGAGUCAUUUAAAUGGCCACUUUUUCCCGCCAGAACUUAUUUGCCCUAGCUAGGGCUCAUGAAGCAUGGCGCCAGUGAAAAUCCGGAGCAGCAGGCGAUCCAGGAAGAAAGCGCUCGUCUCCGCAAUGCCGCGAUCUCCCGCGGCCUUCUCGGCCGCUCUGCGGCAUCGCCGCCGCAGCUGUUGCUCCCAUCCAAAGAGCUUUUGAAGUGCGAUGGCAAAGACAUCGUGAAGAAGGGGACCAGGAAGAGCAAGUUCUUGUUCUCGUUUCCCGGGCUUGUGGCUCCUGUCGCUGGUGGAAAAUUUGGGGAUCUUGCUCAUCUAGACACGAAGAAUCCCAUUCUUUAUGUCGAUUUUCCAAAGGGGCGCAUCAAGCUUUUCGGUACCAUUGUCUAUCCCAAGAACAAGUAUCUUACCUUGCAGCUAACGAAGGGAUCAAAAAGUGUUAUUUGCGACGAUGUGAUAGAAUCACUGGUGGUUUUCUCCGAGUCCUGGUGGAUUGGAACGAAAGAAGAAAAUCCCGAAGAGAAAAAACUAGACAUGCCGAAAGAUCUUUGCGAGGAGAAGCACACGAACUAUAGCUUCACGGCUGGUGCUGGAUCCGAUUCUAAAACAACCACACAAGCGCAAAAGCUAGCAGCUAGUGUCAGCACUUGUACCUUAAAGCAGAGCACUUUAACGGGCUUCCAAUCGCCUAGCUUGCCUGAAGAACCGAUUCGUCAAUCUGUGCGUACUUCUGGCCAGAAACGAAGCUAUUCGGAAAUUGAUAUCUCUGACGAUGAGAUCGACGAAGCUGACACACCGAAAGCGGCCAGCACUUCAAAGUCUGAAGCCUGUCCAGAGAGGAAAGCUGGGAAAAAGGCCACGAUUCUAGACUUUAUGGUACGCAAGCCAGCGCUGUAGAGAGACAAUUCACGCUUUGGAAAACAAGAACCAAGGUAUGGAAUUUCGGACGGAGUGUUUUUCUUGUUUUCUUUGCAGGCACUACACUCUUAGCGUCCCAAACUAAACUCCCAACUUGGAAGAUGAUUUGGAAUAGCUGGUUUUAUUCACUGAUAGCAGCAUACAGUGGUGCCAGCUAUGUUACUUGCCAGGUUAAAGAGAUCAUACUUGCAACGACCAGGAAGGCAUUUUAUGAAUAAGGAGCUUCGAUUCACGCAAAUCGCCAUUCUUUGUCUUGCAUUUUGCUGUGAGACUUAUCAAUUUCAAGCUUCGCAUGAAAGUAGCCACCGCAAGCAUUGGUAAUUACGCAAAAGCAAAUUCGA